ACAGGACGCGAUUGCUUCGUUGGUUUGUUUGUUUUUCAGGUUUUUCUAAUGGUUUCCAACUUUUACGGUUAUUUGCUUGAUUUGAGCUGGAAGAUUUGCUUUAUGAAAGUGUUGUAUUUUUUUGAAAGAAAAAGUGAAACAAAUAUAUAUUUAUUUAUUUUUCCUUUUUAUAAAUGGGAUUUCGAAAAGCUUUUUAUUUGCAAUAAAGCACAAUAAAAACGUAGUGACCAAACUAAAUGUAGAUAAUGAUCAGUGCCUUUCGUAAUCGGAUCUUUUUGUUUCUCUGUGCAUGCUGUUCAGGUAUAUUGUUUGCCCUAGUUUGGAGAAAAUAUGAACAAACUGUUCAUUUUUCCUUAGUACACAACCACUACACUGCUACUUUAAGGGACACAAACUAUGAAAAAUGGUUUCAAAAGAAAAAUUUAUCAAGAAAACGUAUGCCAGAAGAACUAUUGAGCUUUGCUGCCACCGAUAAACACAAGACUGAAGAAUCAUUCCUUUAUGAAGAGAUUCCUAUUUUAUGUUUGAUAUUUGUGAAUACAUAUAAUGGAGCUGAUGCUGUAAAGCAUACAUGGGCUAAACACUGUAAUAUAGUGACGUUUUUUGGUCGCUUUGUUGAUGAAAAAAUACCUGUUAUAAAAGUUCCUCCAGUAACUUCAUUUGAAGGUUUUUGUUAUGCUUUUGUCCAUGUUUUUCACAAGUAUAAUGGCCAAUAUAAGUGGGUGUUGAUUGCUGAUGAUAAUACUUAUGCAAUUAUAGAAAAUUUACGUCAUUAUGUAGCUCCAUUAAAUAGCAGUGUGCCUUAUUAUCUUGGUCACCCAGCAAAAGACUUUUCGAGCUUGUACAAUCUUGGAUCAGCUGGCAUAGUUCUUAGUUAUGGGAGCAUGUCACUGUUUCAUUCAGUUUAUAACAGUGCCAACGAUUGUUCUUCCAAAAAUGCUCCUUCAUGGUACUUUGAUCUAUCUCUUGGGAGAAUAUUAAAGUCAUUUAAUGUUCAUCCAGUGGAUACUAGAGACCCUUACUUAAGGGGUCGUUUUAAUCCCUUUUCUGUUGAGACAAUGCUGAUUCCAGGAUCCAUUUCAGUGUUUAGUUCCUACUGGAGAACUAGUGCUUUUCUUACUGAAGAGGGAAUGAACUGUUGCAGCGAUGAAGCUAUAACAUUCCAUGGCUUGAAUCCAGCAAAAUUAAUGCUAAUGGAGUAUGUUCAGCAUCACCUAGCAGCGUUUACCAAUAGUUUUGAAGGCCUUGGAAAUAAACCUGUGUUGAAUGAUAACAGCCAAUCUGAAAACAGUAAAACUCAAACGGAAAAGGCGCAACUUGGUGAACCUUUUGUUCAACUAUUAGAUAACCAUUGGACAAAAUCAAACAAAGCUGGAAAAACUGUGAAGCCUAAAAAAAGUAUGGUUGAAAAUUUAUGGAAUGAAAUUUUCGGCAGCUAAAAAUUUCUUGACUUGUAUAUAUGUGAUAUUUAACAGAUAUGUUUUUUGAUUACAAUACAUUUCAAUCAACUGUUUGUUAAAGUUGCAUAAUUAUUUGUUCCUUUUUAUUUUUAUACAUUCUAACUAUGGUAAAAAUUACAAUUUGUGUUCUAAGUUCGUAAAACUUUUAAUCAUUUGCUAAAGUAACUUUUGU